GCUCUCUCUCAUAGAACAGAGGUGAUUGAAGAUAACUCACAGCUUCAAGCUCAGGAAGGUGCCAACCCUAUUGUAGAUUCGAAAAUAGCACGUGAUAUAAAAACCGUUAACAAUGUUAACGAUCGGAGCAUUUCAGAAAAAUCAGAAGAAAUUGUGGAAACCGUUAACAAUGUUAACGUUCAGAACGCUUCAGAAAUACCGAGUAUAGUAACCGAAUUCGUACAAGGGUUAUUGGAAGAGCUACUCUCAGAUAAUGACCCACUCCAGACUAUAAAGUUUUCUUCUCCUAAAAACAUAGUUCCCAAAUUAAUAAGCAUCAAAAAACUUGCCAAUUCAUUCUGCCAGGCGAAUAUUGCAAGAAAUAAAAUGAUCGUAGCAAAGCGAUCAGAGAUUACAUUAUGGUGUUUAUUCUCCAAAAAGUUCGAAGAUAAGGUU